GCGGUGACCUAGAAAACGGGUGGCGGGGGAUUUUGAUGUGGGGUGUGACAGACUUUUGAACCCUGACUGUACCUACUAGCUAUUCCCAUCUUGAAUACCAACUCCAGUGGUGCAACCCCGCAGGCCAAGACGCGCUCAGCAAUGAACCAGCCGAUGUCCAGUUUCCCUUCGGUGUUUCUCCAUCGACUUAAACCAGAGAUCUGCGUGUAUAUUUCGUGACGCCAACCGAAGGGGUCCAACGACCCUUUUAAAAAUCAUCUAGGCAGCGGUCUACCGGCCUCCUGGGCAAACAUGGCCACCAAGGAGACCAAGUUCAAGGUUGCCGCGGCCCACGCGGCGCCUGUCUUUAUGAAUAAGGCUGAGACCCUCAAGAAGGUUGUCUCUCUCAUUGAGCAAGCCGGGGAUCAGGAUAUCAAGCUCCUCGUCUUCCCAGAGACCUUCGUCCCCGGCUACCCCUAUUGGAUAGAGUGUUACCCACCGCUCAAGCAGGUGGAUGCCCUGGCUAAAUACGCCGAGGAAUCCGUCGUGGUCGAGCCGAACAACGAAGAUAUAGCGCCGGUCCAGGACGCGUGCCGGAGUGCCGGCGUAGCCAUCAGUCUGGGCGUCUCGGAGCGCGUGGCCGGCGGCCAUACCCUCUUCAACACGCAAGUGACCAUCGACAGCGACGGCACCAUCCUAGGCGUGCACCGAAAGUUGCAGCCUACCUACGUGGAGCGUCUCGUCUGGGCCCAAGGCGGCGGCGCCACGCUCAAGAACUUUCCCCUGUCGUCCUUGGGAGGGCGGAACCUGGGCGGUCUGGCAUGCUGGGAACACACCAUGAACGGUGCGAGACAGGCGCUGAUCACGCAGGGCCAACACAUCCACGCCGGCGCCUGGCCGGCCCUGAGCACCAUGUCCGGGUUUGAAGAGGUCGCCGACGCGCAGAUUGAGGCUUUGAUGAAGACGCAUGCCCUUACAGCACAGGUGUUUGUCGUCACCGCGUCCAACUAUGUUGACGCAGGCUGUCUGAGCUGGAUGACGGAGAAUUUGGGAGAGCAGGAGUUUAUCAAGGCGGGCGGAGGGUGGUCCUCAGUGCUGCACCCUUUCUGUGCUUACCUCGCGGGGCCGCACACCGGUGCUGAGGAGAGGUUGGUUGCAGCCGAGGUGGACUUCGGCCAGCUUGGGCAUGUCAAGGUGUGGAUUGAUGCUGCUGGCCAUUACCAGCGACCCGAGAUCCUGCAGUUCGAUUUCGAUUUCCGCCCACUAUGGGCCGAUGAGAAGGCGAACAGGUUUGGGAGACGAAAGGGAAUGAAAGAGGCGCCGCAAGAAAGCAAGGACGGAGAGAAGCCCUGCCGACUUAACCUUGUGCCUUGAGCCAACAACUUACAGAGCAAAUUCUCUUUAAGACGUCUGUCUACCUGGUGACGGUAGAAGCUCUCUCGUCUCAGACUCGAGCACUUUUACACACGUUCAUGAGAGUUGAGCGUAGGCCAAAGAACCAUGGACGCAGAUCGAACUGCAGGGGCCCUUUUUGGCUGUCCGUGGAGAAAGGAGCGCAUGGCAUUCGCUUACUGUAACUUACCAUCACGUGUAUGUAAAGCACAUUGAAUUCGUCACGCCUUCUCACCUA